AUGGUGCGGAGGGCGCCCGGCGCGUCCCUCGCCCUGCUCCUCUGGGUGACGGCCGUCAGCUGCAGCCCCGCCGGCCCGGGGGCCGCCACCGCCCGCAGGCAGGACGAGGCGUUCUCCACCGCCAGAUGCACCUCCAGGUGCCUGAGCCUGCAGAUCACCCGUAUCUCCGCCUUCUUCAAGCAUUUCCAGAACAAUGGGUCACUUGCUUGGUGCCAGAAUCACAAACAGUGUUCAAAGUGCCUGGAGCCCUGCAAAGAAUCCUGGGACUUGAAGAGAAACCAUUGCCAAAGCUUCUGUGAGCCUCUUUUCCCCAAGAAGAAUUACGAAUGCCUAACUAGCUGUGAAUUCCUUAAAUACAUCCUGUCAGUGAAGCAAGGGGACUGCCCAGCACCUGAAAAGGCCAGUGGUUUUGCAGCUGCCUGCGUUGAAAGCUGUGAAGCUGAUAGUGAAUGUUCUGGAGUGAAGAAAUGCUGUUCCAACGGAUGUGGUCACACGUGCCAAGUUCCCAAGAAUCUGUACAAAGGUGUUCCACUGAAACCCCGGAAAGAGUUAAAAUUCAUCGAACUCCAGUCUGGAGACCUGGAGGUGAAGUGGUCUUCAAAAUUCAAUAUUUCAAUUGAGCCUGUGAUUUAUGUUGUUCAGAGGAGGUGGAAUCAAGGAAUCCAUCCUAGUGAGGAUGACGCCACUAACUGGCAAACUGUGGCACAGACAACGGAUGAGCGGGUUCAGCUGUCAGACAUCAGAGCAAGCAGGUGGUACCAGUUCCGUGUGGCAGCUGUGAACGUGCAUGGGACAAGGGGCUUCACGGCACCCAGCAAGCACUUCCGCUCCUCUAAAGAUCCAUCUGCUCCACCAGCUCCGUCUAAUAUCAGAAUUGCCAAUAUCAGUGCAAACAAUGAUGGAACUGUUAAUGUAAUGAUUACUUGGGAUCUUCCAGAAGAGCCUGAUAUCCCGGUGCACCACUACAAAGUUUUCUGGAGCUGGACAUACAGUAAAUAUGUGAUCCCAGCUAAAAAAAAGAGAAGAAAGAUUACUGAUGGGCCCCAAAAUUAUGUGGUCCUGGAGGGACUCCAACCCAACAGCAACUACAAUGUAGAACUGCAGGCAGUAACACGCUGGGGUCAGAUACGCCUUAAAAGUGCUAAGGUUUCUCUUCAUUUUAGCACGACACAGGACAACAGGAAUAAUAAUGAACAGACAUCUGUUGAGAAACCUCCAAAAGGAGUGGUAGAUCCUUACCCAACCUUUCAAAGAAGAAAACCCACUCGUUUUCUUAAAAUUGGAACUCCUUUCUAUCAGGACAAUCAACUUCAGGUUAAAAUCUACUGGAAGAAGUCAGGUAUCAACAUGAAUCAAUUCCAAGUCCACUCAUUACUGGAAUCCUGUACACACAAUGACACCAAGGGACUUGAGAAAGUAACUGAGCUGACUUAUGAGAACUACAUGAUUCUGAAGGACCUGUCAUUUUCAUGCAAAUAUAAAGUAACUGUUUUACCUGCAAAAUCUAAAAGUCGUUUCAAGGCUGAGAGUAUUUUCUUUGUCACCCCACCUUGCUCUACAUUUAAAGAAAAAACCCAUAAGCACAUUAAUUGUGCUGCUGAAGAAGUGCCAGUUCUACCCAAAGUGUUGGCCAAACCCGAGAAUCUAUCUGCGUCUUUCAUUGUUCAGGAAGGUAACAUCACCGGACAUUUUUCCUGGAAGAUAUCUAAGGCAGUCCUUCACCAGCCCAUGACAGGGUUUCAAGUCACAUGGGCAGAAGUAACCACAGAAAGCCGACAGAACAGCUUGCCCAACAGCAUCAUUUCACAGUCACAGAUACUGCCAGCAGAUCAUUAUGUACUCACCGUGCCCAAUCUCAGGCCAUCAAUGCUAUACCGAUUGGAAGUUCAAGUGUUGACAACUGGCGGGGAAGGACCAGCUACUAUAAAAUUGUUCCGAACACCUGAUCUUCCUCCAUUCUUACCCCACAGACCUCAUCUGAAACAUCAUCCUCACCGCUACAAGCCACCCCCAGAAAAGUAUUAA